ACUCCCAGCAUCCUCCGCGGUGGGGAAGGAAAAUGAAAACGGCCAUGUCGUGGUAGAGAGCAAUUUGAGCUCCGACUGAGAUCCACUGCGAAGCGUCCCGAUUCACUCCUCUACAGCUCCGAGAACACCGCAGUCCACCCUUCGUUUGACGGAGAGCUUUUUCCCUGGAAGUACCGGCGAUUUUAAACGCAACGGGGCCAACAUGAGCGGAGGAGGAACGCCUUACAUCGGCAGCAAAAUCAGCCUCAUCUCCAAGGCCGAGAUCCGCUAUGAAGGAAUUUUAUACACCAUCGACACGGAAAACUCGACCGUAGCUUUGGCUAAAGUUCGCUCCUUUGGCACUGAAGACCGCCCCACCGACCGGCCUAUCCCGCCUCGAGAGGAGGUGUUUGAGUACAUCAUCUUCAGAGGGAGCGAUAUAAAAGACCUGACAGUUUGUGAACCACCCAAAGCUGCCAGCUCUCUGCCUCAGGACCCUGCAAUAGUUCAAUCUUCCGUCGGAUCCACAAAUGCAGCUGCAGCACCACCAUCAUUCCAGGCCCCAGGGUCCUACGCGCCAUUCAGCAGGGCCCCCAUACCGUCAUACAGCCAGUUUGGUGUGGCGUCGCUGGGGGCUCAGCAGUUUGGAUCUGCUGGAGCUACAGCAGGACGUACAAGUCCCCACUUGGACUCUUUAGCAAAAAGUUCCACCCUGGAAACGGCAGUGCAGGCCCCAGCUUCAGCCGCCCCGGCUGCACCUGCGCCUGUAGGACAGAGGACUCAAGCAGGGGCCGCUGGUUCCAGACCCACCACCAGCCAGAAGCCCCCCGACCUGCUGGAACAGAGGAAAGCUCCUGAGGUCCAAAAAGCGCCACAGCCAGACAAUGAACAAAGUGUUUCGGAAAACAGGGAUCCCAACAAGCGCCAAGCUGCUGGCGUUCAGUCAACUCGCCGCGGUCGAGGGAGAGGAAGCCGCAGCAGAGGCAAAGUGAAUGUACGCAGGGAUGGAACCAUGAAGUUUGACGAAGACUUUGACUUUGAGACGGCCAACGCACAGUUUCACAAAGACGAGAUCGACAAGGAGCUCCAGAACAAGCUCAAGCUGAGAGAUGACAAAGGUGAGAAGGCAUUGAAUGGAGGGGAUACAGCUGACUCUGAACAUCCAGCCACUGAGGGGACCACCGAGGAAGAGGAGGCCGUCAACAACACAUGCUACUAUGACAAGUCCAAGUCCUUCUUUGAUAACCUGUCCUGUGAUGAUCCCAGUAAAGGCGGUGAAAGAGGAUUUUCAAGAGACCGAAGGCCCACGUGGGCUGAGGAGAGGCGGAUGAAUGCGGAGACGUUCGGCAUCCCUCUGCGGCAUCACAGGGGACGAGGCGGCUACCGCGCCCGGGGCUUCAUGGGGCCCCGCGGGGGCCGCGGCCGCUCAUCCAGCAGAGGGUCCUUCGGGCCGCCCCGGGGCGCCCCACCUGGCUUCCGAGGAGGAUUCAGAGGUGGACACGGGGGCCGGGACUUCUCUGAUUUUGAAUACAGGAAGGAGAACAAGGCGGCUGCGUAGUCCUGCAGCAGCAGAUCCACAGAGAAUUGUUGCCACUCAUCAUGAAAUUAUUUCCUUACAAGAAAAGUUCUUUGGUCUCAACAUUUGACAGAAAGAAUGAAGGCAUGAGAGUCACCAGCAGCUCAGUGGAUUGUUUGUCACCGGGGCUGAGAGCGCCGCUCCCGCUCUCAAAUUCCAGCACAAGCCCCAGUUUUCAUUAGUUUUUUUUGUUUGUUUGUUUUUUUCUCUGCCCCCAGAAAUGAGAAUGGUACACAGCCAGCAGACAUGUAGAUAUCCUGCUUUGGGGUGAUUUUGAACUGUUGUUACAGUUCAGCUGAUUUCUCGCUGAAGCUGUGCACAGAAAGCCCUCUGGAUACUGAGUGGAUCGCAGGUUCAUGUGAUCAAUAGCUUUAUGUUCCUUUCAGUUUCCGGCACCGUGGGAUUUGUUGGCAGCAUAAUUUAAUGCACUGCCUGUUGCAUUUUAGUGUUCUCUGCUCACAUUUGGGUUUUUUGCUGUACACAUUCAGUUUUUUUUUUUUUUUUUUACUCCGUUAACAUUGAGUUUAAGAGAAAGUGCCGCUGAGUUUCGAUGAAGUAAUGAGGUGAGACAAGAUCUGAUCCGGACAUUAUAAAGUGAAUGUAAACUGAGCUCUUUUCUUUUCUUUUCUUUUUUUUUUCCAUUGCCCUGCUAAACCAAUUGAUGCUCGCCAAACAAACUCACUUCCACUUUGUAGAAACUCUGCACUUCAGAUGGGUUUGUUCCUCCAUACAGCGUUAGCUUUAGAAGUGUUUGUUCUUUUCGGGUCAGUCACAUUUGUGUAGAUGACUAAACGCGGGAGCAGUUUCAUGAUUUGUCGUCUGUGAUGCCCACCCGUUCAUUUUAAGUGUUGUCAUUAAAGUUCUCGAGAGUAAAACACGUUAGGUUUGACUGAAGAUGCUCCUCCGCUAUUUUGCCAAAAAAACGACCUGCGUUGAGCAACACGAGACCUGUCGUUUCAGUACCUCCUGAACAUACUGAGCCAGCUCUUCCUUUUGUUUUUGUUUUAAAUCGGCUUCAUCUGAAUUGUCACACACGUGCAUCAUCCUCAGUUUUCCUGCAUUCGACCUUUCCAGCAGCAACAGAAGGAAGUAGUGACGAUGGGCAACAUCUCUCACGUGUAUCAGACCUGCAGCUUGUUCGUUGCUCCUCGUGUUGCAUUGUUGUCAAUGUGAUUAUUCUCUAAAGUGUUUUUUGUUAGAUGUUUUUUUUUUUUUUUUUUUUUUUUUAAAACUCUGACACAUAAAACAAAGGGACAAGAACUGGAUGUGUUGCCAGUGCGUUCAGGUCAAGUGGUAUAAUUUCAUUCUUUCUUUUUCUUUUUGCUCUGAUUUCUUAGUGUUUUAGGGAUUACCUUCAGAGUGGUGAACUUCUUCUUACAGCUCUCCCUUUAAUGUCAAUGUUACAAACAUGUCAAUAGCACUACAAGGUGAAACUAGAUCCUCUUUUCCUCCUCUAGCUGUGGUUGUCUAGAAGAGAGCAGCCGAGCUGAAGAUGUGCUCUUGUAACGGGAGAUGACACAGACGGGUGAUCAGCGCUUAUAGCCGUAGGAACCAUCACUUUAUAUGGGCUUUUCGCAAUAGAUUCGAUUUGUGACAAAGUAUUACGGAACUAUUCGAAACUGACACGUUUUCAUAUGUUUGCUACUCCUUCUGGUCACUGGAAUUGUAAACCAGGAAUAGUUUUCUUGACAAUAUCAGCAAAAUGGAGUUUUUACGUAAAAUAAAAAUAAAGAGUUGUACAAUUUA